AUGUUGGAGCUCAUGGCCAAUGGGUGGGGAUGCGGCGCUUAUGCGGGCACUCUUGAGCUGAUGGCAAGCUCAUGGGAGACCUGUGGAAACGUGGAGGACUCCUUUCGCCUUGCCCUCUUCGAGACCGGCUUGCAGGGUUUCUUCGAUACUGUUCGCGAUCUGGUCCAAACUUUCGAGGGCGCUGAUGAUAUCCAGACGCCAUGGCUCGAUGCUGAACUCCAUCUUGGCUUUGCUACAAAACACCGGGAAGUCAGCGGCUGGUUAGAAGACAAAUACUACGAAUGUGACAUGAAGUUCGAGCAUGAUACCAUUGUGGGUGCCCUGAACACCAAAGUCCGACAGCGAAUUCAGCAGUGGCUGGUGAACACGGCCGUCCAGUGGCUGGAGGAUCGAACCCGCGAAGCCCCAGCGGAAGUGAAGCACUCGGUCUUCAACUCCGUCGGGAGCCUGCUCAUCGAGUCAGUGGCGGACUUCUCAAAUGCAGAAGUCAUCCUCCGGCAGGGCCUCGAGGUGCAUUCGAAGCAGAGCCUGGAUGGAGCCCUGGCACUCCGACUGCUGGGUCGGUUGGUUGUACGACGGCAAGAUUGGGAAGGAGCGAGGAGCUACUACAUGGAGGCAAAGGCAGUGCUGGACAGUUUGGGCAGUGCCAGAACGGUCCAGUACGCCCAGCUUCUGGUGGAUCUGUUCACAACUACUGGGCAGGAAGAGUUCCUCUUUUCUGCCAAGGAGCUAUUCGACAGCCUCGAGGCCACCAGCCAUGAGGACUAUCCCCGCGUCCUGAAGCACUUGGGCUCUCUGAAGCUUGCGGGUGGCGACGCUGUCGGGGCCAUGGAGUACUACGAGCUGGCCGCCGAUUCUUACCAAGAGCUGAAGAUGGAACGGAGCCCGGGCUUCGCCGACCUCCUCACCAACCUCGGGAAAGCAGAAAUGGAAUGCGCGAGCCGAGACAAAGCCCGUGAGGCCUAUGAGGCGUCGAAGCACAUCUACGGGGUCAUCGGCGUCACUGAAAGCCCUGGAUAUGCAGACCUCUUGGUCAACUUGGGCAUGUUGCACAAGGAAGAAGAUCGCGUCUCAGAGGCGCUGGCAGAGUUCAAAGCGGCUGCUGCGAUCUACGCAACCAGCAGCCCCGGUGGAGCCGCUCUUGCGGAGCUUUGGGCGCAAAUCGGCAGUUGCCACGAGAAGCGCGGUGCCUUCGAAGUUGCUUCGGAGGCUUACGAAACUGCGAGGGUCUUGCUUCUCGGCUCUGUUGUCGGCCAGCGGGGGUCUUUCCCCAAAGGGUCCUGUGUACGAUAUAGUAGAAUUUAG